UACAGCGACUGGCGGUCAGCCUCAAACAAACUUAUACCAUCAAUUUUCAGAAAAUAAAUCACAUUUAAGACCCAAAAGAGGACACAACAAAUUACCAGAACUGGACAUCUGUGCAGGGAUUUUCGUCUUUUUUUAGUUUUAGUAUUUUUGGUUCUAUUUUUUUCCUGUGCGAGGAGAGGAAGGAUUUUCAACUAAAGAUAUCGGAAUCAAAUCACACAAGACUUACCCACAAUGAAAGUACAGAGCGGGAUCUCGCUCUGCGCGUUGGCGAUCGUGACCUUAGCACUGGUGGCGGAAGCUACCUAUGACCUCCAGAGGCUACUAGACCUGGAUGAAGACCAGUACUACAAGCGAGGCGACACAGACCUGGAUCCAGACUGGGAGGACGAGUGGGAGGAUCUUCCUUUUAAACGAGGAGUCGGCACACAAAAGUUCAUUGCUUGUUUCCAUCCGGGUCUCCAGACAAAAUGUUUUUGUGACAGAACAAAACCGAAGUACAGCAGGAAAUAUUUCUAUUACUGUAGAGGUGCCCGUCGCCAGCUUCGCCCAGUCUGAGAAUUGGUCCUGAGUUCCUCAUCUUUAGAUUUUUGAUUUUUGAUCAACACAUUGUUUCGCAGCUUUUUACAUCCUUGAUUGAGAUAUUCCGUGAGAAUAUUUUUGUUUUUUGUCGGAAGGUCACAUUAAAGAAUUUGAAAUCCUUGGAUUAUGUCAUAAACUUGUUUUCGGAAGGGGAGGGGUGGGUAUUCGUAGUUGCCCGAAAUAUAUCGUCAGAAUGCAAUAUGAUUUUCAAGUUAUUCAUAAAUUCUACGUUAUCAAUGUGUACAGUUCACUGCCAAGUUUUGAACAAUAUUGCGUUUUCACCUUAGCCUAAAGUAGCUUUUUGUGGUAUUUUCCAAGCACUACCUGUAGAGGGCGCAAACAAAAGUGCCAAAACGUGUACUUACAAUACUUGAAAUUCUAUAAUGAAACAGAAUGUAUUCAAAUUGGAUGUUAUUAGUAAAGUAUAGUAAUGUUUUGAAAGAAUAAUUCACUAUCCAUGCGAUAUUUACAAGCCAAGAAACAUUUUUUUUUUUUAAGAACAAUGCAUUUAUAUGGAAUGGUAUCACAGUGAUAUCUUAUUACUUAUGUUAUGCUGUUUAAGCAGAAUAGUCAGGUUUAUUUUUGUUAUAUAGUAUGGUUUGUUUAAGUUAACUCAGAUCAGAUUAUUAGCAAUAAAAUAUGUAAUUCCACUGAUGAAUAUUCGGGAAAAAUACUACAGAAUGUAGUUUGUUACAUGAACAAUAACCGGUUUCAGACACGACUACUUUUUAAAUUCGAAUAUCGAGAUUUGUAUCCCCAAAGAUAAUUGAUUGAGAUCCAGUACACAGGGACUCCAAAAGGCUAAACAAUAAAUGAAUGAACGUAUAUAUAAUAAACAGGGAAAUCCAUUUUCACGUCGAUUACUUCCACAUGUUAAUAAUGCCAUCACUCGAUGAUGCACGAGUUGACAGCUAAUUCAAUCUAUAAGUGCUUUGGUAUAAACUGAAUAUGGGUCGCAAAAUGUUGAUAAAUGUUUAUUUCAUUAAUCUAAAUUGCUUAACUACAUCAGGCGUAGUGAAAUUAUUGACGUAACUCCAUAUAUCUUUCAUUACAAAACUAGGUACUCUUUAAUUACAAUUAUGACUUCAUUUCUUGUAACGCCAAGAACAUUAUCAUUGGAAUUAUGUUAGAUUCAAUGGGGUAAAGAUUUGUCAAAUGAGAGAGGUGAAUGGAAGGUCUUUCGAUAUGAAAGAAAUAUUUAAUAUUAUUUCAUUUACUCAAAGACAAAACAGAAUAGGAAGACUUUUUGCAAUGGCUUUUGAUGAUACAGUAUUAGAUUAAGUAUUGAACUCAUGUUGAUUUUUUAAAGUAUAUAUAAGUUUUGUUUAAGAAAAUCAAAAUUUGGUCUUAAAAAUCUAUAUUGUUUAAAGAAUAAAACACAGCUAUUAUAAAGUAGGUCGUUUCUGAAAAAAGAAAUGAACUGCAUAUGGAAGUCAAUAUUUAAAAGGUGAAAUUUUCCCCAAUAAGUUUUACAUUUUGACUGUUGACACUUGGAAGAUAAAGUUGACCGCUGGUCAAGCGACUGCAUUACAAAACGAACUGCCUAGAAGCGAUUGUCCUAUUCUUGUUUAGAGUCACAAGCUCUGUGCACAGAAAUAUGUUUAUGGGACUCAAAAAAAGAAUGUGUUGUGGCUUACAACACUUCAGGUAUUUCAUUAUAUAUUUCGAAUAUGAGAGCAUUCAAGGAACCAUCCUUUUCAGAGACCCUGUUUUUUCUACGGUGCUCUUCCACACUAACAUAAACAGAAUGAAAAAGCUCACAUUUUUUGUCUCACCUUUCUCAGAAUUCAACUUUCUUUUUAAUCACGUGUUAAUAAAGGAUCAGCCUAGUACGCGUUACUCGAAAAAAGAAAAAAAGAAGGUGUAAUGUCGCUAAAGACAUUGUUACAUUCCAUUUGAUAUUCAUAGGUGCAAUUAAAAUUAAAUGAAAUAAUUUAUGAAAAUCAAUUGCAUUAAAAAGCUAAAUGUUAAUUCAUGUUGACGAAAAAAUCAUGCUGUCUAUUAACAGUUGUCUUUGUAUAUAUCAUGAAUAUGUUGAGUGUGUGUCUUGAGUGUUUUUGUAGGGAUGUGAGACUGUCUCACCUCCCUAGUUUUUGUAAGGUGGCGAAUCUUUCUUUCGUUUAGAGAAAGUGAGCUUCUCUCUUAUACCUUAAAGACUUGAUUAACUCCGUAACCAGUUCUGGUUUGUUUAGCCAUCACAUGGCCACAAUACUGAAACUGAGGAAAUCAUUUUCUUUUAGGAAACGUUGGCGGUGCACUCAAGUAAUGUACCUACUCAUAUUUAUCAUGCAUUCCAGUGUUCGUCAUUGUCUCACAUAAUUUAUGUGUUUUAGAAGAAAAAGUAAUAAAUUUGGUUGACCUCGCCUGUGGUUUCAUUUA